AUUACCAUGCUGUAUUGUUCAUCCCCUAUGGUAGUUUGUUGGAACACAGAACUAUGACUUUCUCACAUCUUCAUAGCCCAAUGUUUCUUUUCUCCAACUUCAUAAACUCCAAUUUAGAAUAAAAGGGAAAUAAACGUACAGGAAGUUGUUAGCUGUGUUUUUAUCCUGCACUGAUAAGCAAAUAAAAGGGAAAAAGGAAGUCAAAUGAUUAUUGUCAUUAGUCAAUUUCUUUAUUUGCAUAUCUGAAAGAACAUUGUAACAUUAAAUUCACAGCUGUAAGUAAAUAUGGUCUUUUAGAAGAGGAGCUUGGACGGCAUGCAAAGUUGUGAAAUAUCUUCGGACAGCACAGAUGAUCCUCUCAGUAGCGGCUUACGCAGGCAUCACCAACCGCGAAUAGUAGUAAUUGGCGCGGGAUUGGCCGGCCUGGCAGCCACCCAGACCCUCUUGGAGAACGGCUUCACAAAUGUCACGGUGCUAGAGGCCUCGGAUCGCAUCGGAGGCAGAGUGCAAAGUGUUCAAUCUGGUAAAGCUACUUUGGAACUAGGUGCCACUUGGAUCCAUGGCGCUAAUGGGAACCCCGUCUACCACCUGGCUGAGGAUAACGGGCUUUUGGAGCACACCACGGAGGAUGAACGGAGCGUGGGCCGCAUCAGCCUCUACGCUAAGAACGGUGUGGCCCACUAUCAGACCAACAGUGGCAAGCGUAUCCCCAAGGACCUGGUGGAGGAGUUCAGUGACUUGUACAAUGAGGUAUAUGAGCUGACUCAGGAAUUCUUCCAGAACGGGAAGCCGGUGGGCGCUGAGACGAAGAACAGCGUGGGUAUCUUCACCCGUGACCUGGUGCGCAAGAAGAUCAUGACGGACCCUGAUGACUCCGAAAGCACCAAGAAGCUGAAGCUGUCCAUGCUGCAGCAGUACCUCAAGGUGGAAAGCUGUGAGAGCAGCUCCGCCAGCAUGGAUGAAGUGUCCCUGAGUGAGUUUGGAGAGUGGACCGAGAUCCCCGGCGCUCACCACGUCAUCCCAGGCGGCUUCAUCAAAGUGGUAGAGCUCCUGUCCCAGGAAAUCCCGAGCCGUGUACUGCAGCUCGGGAAACCCGUCCGCCGCGUCCACUGGAAUUACAGCGUCCAGGACGCCGAGCAAGGCCCGGACCGAGCCGACCACAACCAGGAUCGGCGGCCCGGCCCGGCUCCGGUGCGGGUAGAGUGCGAGGACGGCGAGUGGUUCCUGGCGGAUCACGUGAUCGUCACGGCCUCACUGGGUGUCCUAAAGAAAGCCCACGAAACCCUCUUCUCGCCAAGCCUUCCCCUGGACAAGGCCUUGUCCAUUCAGAAGCUGGGCAUCAACACCACCGAUAAGAUUUUCCUAGAGUUCUCCGAGCCGUUCUGGAGCCCCGAGUGCAACAGCAUCCAGUUCGUCUGGGAGGACGAGGCACACCCGGAGAGCCUGGCUUACCCGGAAGAGCUCUGGUACCGCAAAAUCUGUAGCUUCGACGUGCUUUACCCGCCCGAGCGCUACGGCCAUAUGCUAAGCGGAUGGAUAUGUGGCGAUGAGGCGCUUCUCAUGGAACGUUGCGACGACGAGACUGUGGCCGAGAUGUGCACCGAGCUGCUCCGCAAAUUCACAGGGAACCAGAACAUUCCAAAGCCACGGCGGAUCCUGCGCUCGUCGUGGGGCAGUAACCCCUACAUCCGGGGCUCGUACUCCUUCACCCGCGUGGGCUCCAGCGGGGGAGACGUCGAGCGGCUGGCCGAACCCCUGCCCUACAACAAGAGCUCCAAGGCUCCGCAGUUGCAGUUGCUGUUUGCUGGCGAGGCCACGCACAGGAAAUACUAUUCCACGACCCAUGGUGCUUUGCUGUCUGGUCAGAGGGAGGCGAACCGUCUCAUCGAGCUCUACCACGACGUCCUCAAUGCAGAAACCACAAAAGCCUAACACGGAAUAAAAGAUGCGAAUAAUCAAAACGCAAAACCACUAACUCGUGAGGAAAAAAAAAAAGAUUUCUGUAUCGAAAAUGACUAAACGUGUAUUUAAAAAAAUUCAUAAAUAAAUAAAUAGUAGGGGCAUUAAACUAAUACCACAAAAAAAAUUUAUACUGUACUUAGAUUUAUAGAUAUUUAGAUAUUACUGAGAUGUACUGUAUGCGGCCGCCGAGUCCGAAGGCCGCCGCUCUCUGGUUCUUAUUUUUCUGCGAUUAUUAUUAUUAUUUUUUAAUCUAUACGUUUAUAACACGUCUGUAAUUUAACUUUUUGUAAGUGCCUUCUGUAUUUAAUGGUGUUCUUUAAAAAAAAUAAAACACAGUGGCAAAGAAUAAAUGUGAUCCAUAAACCGAG